AUGCAGGGUGAAAGAGAUAAAUGGCUUGCUGCGAUCAACAUAUCCGUUGGUCAUAUUGAAGAAACGUCAAGAUUUUUGCCAUCCUUACCAAUACUGUGGCUGAACAGUGCUGUGACUCUCUAUAAAUAUAGCAUGGAUGAUCACCAUACUUAUUGUUUAUCUGUAGCAAUGGCAGCUAGGUAUGAUCUCAUCAAGUAUAUCAAUGCUGAUCCAGAGCAUAAGGUGUGGAAGCUCAAAGUACGUGUCAUUAGACUUUGGACCGUUUCUCACUUUGCAAAUUCUAGGGUGAAGGCACCUAUUGAGAUGGUUGUCCUUGAUGAAGAGGGGGAUACAAUUCAAUGCUCUAUUAAAGGCAUAUUUGUUCCUAUCUUCGAGGGCCUACUCGCUGAGAACAACGUGUACGUGGUCACUAAUUUUGCAGUUACUUUAAAUACCAUUAAGUUCAAGCCUACUAGACACGAAUUUAGAAUCAACUUCAAGAGGGACACGAUUGUGCGUCUGGUACAAGACUCUUCAGUUCCAUUGAACGGAUUCAAUUUUAUUCUGUUCAAAAAAAUUCAUGCAGAGUAUAAAAAAGAUGGUUAUUUAGUUGAUGUGAUAGGUCAACUUGCCUCUAAGGGUAACUUGGUUGAGUUCACACGGGACGGGAAGCCAUCAAGUUAUAUCACGAUAGAACUUGAUGAUCUUGAGAGUGGACAGAAAUUAAGGGUAACGUGGUGGCAGACUUUGGCUUUUAAUUUGCUCAAAUAUUUGGAGGAACACCCGUGUCUUACCUAUGUGGUUAUUCUCCAAAUGGGCAAGAUAAAAUUUUAUAGUGGGGCCAUGGGUGUUUCCAACAUAAACUACAAUUCGAAAUUGUUUAUCAAUGUUGAGUUUUCAGCUGCCAGGAUUUCUUUGCAAGUCUACAAAACAAUUGCCGAGAUAAAGAAGCAUAAUCAGGAUGCUGUAUUUGUUACUGCCGGGACAAUUAAGGAAGUUGAGACUGAGUUUGAUUGGUGGUACAAAGGAUGUAAGAAGUGUCGUCGUGGCUUAAGGGAACUUGAAAAAAGAUAUUUCUGCCCAAUUGCGUUGAAGACUACGGGUUCUAUGUGCCAAGUGUCGAAGAACAAUAAUAAUACAAAUUUCGACGUAUAUAAAAAUGUGCAUCAAAUUACUACCAGUCAAAGAACAGUGUGUCGAGAAACUGAUACCUCAUCUAAUAUUCUCAGUUUACAAUCCAAUGAAGAUAAAUGUGACCUUUUUCUCACUGAAAGCAACUAUUUAUGUAUGGUGUACACUGUGCCUCGCAUGGAAUUGGACAGGAAAAUACUCCUCCUAAUUAUGUAA